GUUUCUUAAUAACUAGGAGUCUAGCACUGUAACCUAUGAAAACCAAGCUUGUUCUCUUCAUUAUUCUGCUCUCUCUAUGCACCAACAUAUUAGCUGCUCUGUCCAGAGAUGAGGAGCAGGAAGAAGAAGACCCUGAGCUCACAACAUGCCUGCACCAGUGUGGCCAACAGCAACAGUAUUCGAAGAGUGACAAGCGAGCAUACGUUCGCAGUUGCAAGAGGUACCAUCAAAUAAAGAAAGAGCGAGAAGAAGAAGAGGGAACCACGAUGGAGAAUCAAAAUCCUUAUGUGUUUGAUAAUGAAGAUUUUAGGACCAGGUUGGACACACAAGACAGAAGAGUUCAGGAUCUGAACAAGUUCACUAGAAGAUCUAAGCUCCUCAAAAGCAUUAGCAAUUAUGUUUUGGUCACUAUGGAAGCUAAGGGAGAGCGGUAAUUGGGUUGGUGAGAGAAGACAAAACGGAUAGGUUCAACCUUGAAGAUGGAGACAUGAUGAGGGUAGCAGCAGGCACACUAGUUUAUUUCGUUAACAAAAAUGAGAA